AUGUCGACUCAGCAUCGCCGCCACCAUCCCACCCAGCCUGCGGCAGACAAAUUUCUGUUCGUCAACUACGAUUCAAGCAGCUCGGGCGGCUCCAACGACGACUCACAAGUCCUCUCCCACGUCCGCCAGAACUAUCACGUAUGGCGCCGCAAGCAGAGUGUCAAGUAUCUUCGAGACCUUAUUGUCGUCCAUCGCACUUACAAGGAGAAGCUGCCGCUUCCCAGUGUUAAGAGACACAAUGUCACAGACAGACCAGACCGUACAGUGUCUGUGACACCAAAAAAGGCCGACCCAACUCGACGCACUGGUGGCGCUUCUGGCGGCACUCGUCUCUGCUCCUCGAUGCAGCUGCACAGGGGGAAUUCGGAUCCUUUCCACGCUUAUCCAGUCAAAAUCAGUCCCCAAGUCAACGAGUUGAUCGCCUUUUACCGUGACUAUCUUCUUCCAGCUCAGUAUCACGUUCCUGCAACAGCAUGGGUCAGCUCUGCUAAUGCGAGAUUGGACUGGUCCAUCUGUGUCUCCACGCUUCAAGAGCCAGCUUUGGCACAUGCGUUUAUUGCUCGUUCUGCAACCGUGGCUGCCGUGCUGAACCCUGCUAUGCGGACGCUGGCUAUGCGUUAUCGCCUACGCAGCAUACAAGAGUUACGGCUGCGGUUGCUCAACGAUGCGAACCACACCUUUACUGACGUGAAUGUGCUCCAGAUCAUCAUGCUUCAAAAAGCUGAUAUUGUCGACAAAAACCUGUCAGCCGCUAUGGCACAUGCUAAGAUACUGCAAAACAUGUUCCAAGAACAGCAACGGAGAAAACAUACUGUGAACUUCACACUCCUUCAAUAUGCCCUAUGGAGUGACACCCAGAUCUCUUCGAUCUUCAUGACCCCUCUCGCAUUCGACGUGAGCCCAGGUGGCUGGAUAGAGAAAACGAUGCAGCCUCUCUGGACUGCGGCUCUCGAGCAGCUCCAAGAACUUCCACAGUGGACAGCGGCCCAGGAGGAUGCGGCGACACUUCUUGACCCGUCCGUCGAAGGGGAAGAGCUGAAAGCAUUUUUCAUCUCUCGGAGGACCACAUUACAAACCUGGCUACUCUACGGGCUUAAUGGUCUCCCUACGCCACCUCUAAUAAUGCUUUGGCUCACUACAACCGCAUGCCUACAGCAGGGGAGGAUGAUCAAACACUAUAUUCGCGCCAUCCAUGAGGUGAUACAUCGCACAUCUUUGUCACCAGUGAAAGCCGAAAGCGAAGAUGGCUCUGCCGAACAGAUGGAGUAUUGGUACACCCAACAAUAUCUGAUCCUUGCAGAAUUUCUCUGGACACAUCACUCAAGCUAUAAAGUCGAGGUCUGCGGAAUUAACCUCUUCGAUAUGGUGCCAACACAGCUGAAGAACCUUCGGGCAGCUUUGCAACAUGCGGAAAACUCUGGGUGGGGUUCAACACCUGACGGUCCAUCAAAAUAUCGGAAUGCUCGCCUCUGGGCACUGUUUAUCGGCGCGCAUGCCGAAUUGCUCAAGUCCAAGCAGGAAAUGAGGAGCUCGGCAACAUCGUCGAAUAAGAUUCUUCACAAAAGCCGUCACGGGAAGGAGGUGACCCCUGCUUUCGCAAAAUGUUCCAGAAAUGUUAAGUAUUGUGAUCCAGGAAGUCAUGGAGAUGUUUAUGAUCGCUGGUUUGAGAUAGAGCUGGCUCACCAAGUCCGGGACAUGGGUUUGUCGGCGUGGGAGGAAGUAUACCUUAUAUUGAGGAGGUUCAACUAUGCGGAUGUAAUCCAGCCAUUCGGAGAAGAAGUCUACUGCAACGCCAUGAAGAUGUUCUAA